AUGGACUACCUGGAACCCAACGACUCUGACGGUCUCGACCAUAUAUUCGCAGGUCUCGAUACGACUCACUUUUCAUUUGACUCGUACGACUCCUCUGAUCUCUUCCUAACCGAUAUUCCCACAUGGAACGCAUUCACGGCAUCGGAUUACUUGGAUACAGCACAAGCUGAUAUGAUGAACCUCGCUCCUUUGAGAGAGGACACCAGUGACUGGACCAGCCUUUGUCAGACUGUAAACGCUGCGCUCAACUUCUCCUUGGCUGAGACCAGCACACAAUCGACCGUGCAAUCUAUCAUCCCGCCAGAAAGCGAUCAUAUGGCGCCCUGCACGACGGGAGGCCCACCACCUCGCGCUGAGCCUCUUGCUAUCCGAGCCACCUCUAGAACAGAGCCAGAUAUCUCAGCAGCAACCAAACCCAAGAACCCGGUCUGCAAAUCUUGCCCUGUCUCCUUCGCCGACAUCAGCGAGCUCAGGACUCACAACGACACCUCCCACUCUCGAUCCAAGCACUGCGACCAGUGUCCAUGGAGCUUCAAGCUAGGCAAAGACCUCUGUCGCCACGCAGCCAGCACGCAUCACCGCAGCGGGACCCACGCCCGUCCGUAUCGCGAUUGCGAGCUCUCCAAGUCUGGCUUCUCGAGACGGGAUACGUAUGAGAGGCAUAUGAGACGGCGGCAUGGUGUCAAGGUUAGGACAAGGCAAGGUAAGGAGAGAGAGAGGACCACUGCGCAGAAUAUUCAGCUUGAUAUUCGUAGUUUUUUUUCCAUGCGGAAUGGGAAGGGUUCUUGA